AUGCUGUGGACCUCAAGCUCUGACGAAUUGAGCUUCUCCACCCGUAUGAGCGAUGAAGUUACGAACCUUCUGCACCAUGACACCCUGCGGUGCGUAAUGUCGUUGUUCGAUCCCCUGGGAUUACUUGCGCCGUUUAUAAUCCAUGGAAAGGUGCUUAUCCAAGAAUUGUGGCGAGCUGGAACGCAGUGGGAUGAAACAGUAAGCGAUGAAGUGUUCGAAAACUGGAACCGCUGGACAAGGAUGAUAGAGUUCAUUUUAACAUUGAGAAUACCCAGAUGUUAUUUUCCCCGAGCCACAGAAGACACGUAUGAGGAUGCUCAGCAUCACGUAUUUGUCGAUGCAAGUGAGAUUGCUUAUUCGUGUGCAGCUUAUAUCCGAACGACCGUAGGCGACUGUGUGUUAGUUUCCGGAAAAUCCAAGGUAGCUCCGCUAAAACCGAUGUCCAUCCCGAGGCUCGAGCUGCAAGCAUGCGUCCUUGGGGCGCGUCUUCUUAAAUUCGUGCAAGACAAUCAUCCGGUUGUGUUCUCCAAGAGAUUCCUUUGGACAGACUCUUCGACAGCAAGAUCUUGGAUACGGUCGAACCCGCGACGCUACAAACCCUUCGUAGCUCAUCGGGUAGGCGAGAUAUUGGAGAUCACGGAUGUCAGUGAAUGGCGGUGGGUACCGUCCAAACUUAACCCUGCAGAUGAAGCUACCAAGUGGGGCCGAGGACCUUAUUUCCACUCAGAUAGCCAAUGGUUUAACGGGCCGGAUUUCCUGCGACUUCCCGAGGAGAAAUGGCCGCAAAUGACUGGAACGGUGGAGGUGACAACCGAAGAUGCUAGACCUUCGGUGUUGUUUCAUUUCGCGAUGGAACCAGUGCUGGAUUUCGAACGAUUUUCGACCUGGAAGAGGAUGUUACGCACUACGGCUUACGUUCUACGUUUCUUCUUCAACUUCUCUAAACCGGAACAGAAGCGGUGCGGAUCCCUUACACAAGCUGAACUGCUCGACGCUGAACGGACGAUAAUGAAGCUGGUCCAACGAGAAAGCUAUCCAGACGAAACGGCGGUUCUUGAACAGAGAGAUUCUCAACAAAAAGGUCAUGGGUCAAUUGAUCGAAACAGCAAGCUGUACCAAUUAAGCCCGCAGUAG